AAGGCCCACGCGCAGGCCCACGCAAAAAGGGAAGGAGUGAACUUCACACUUUCCACUAUUUCUUUAUGCUUAUUUCUAUAAUUUCCAAUAAUAGUAAUAUUAUUAUUAUUAUUAUUAUUGUGAAAAUCGGAAAAUCUGGUGUCGUCGCCACCGUGAAGUUCCACUUUCACCAGACACCAGUCACCGCACACGCACGCUUGCCCCCGCCACCGCCACCACAGUUAAAAGCGAAAAAAGAUGUACAGAGACGAGUCUAGCUGCAACACUUACAACUACGGCGACGCUAUGUACUGGGACGCUCGCUACAUUCAAGAGGGUGGUUCCUUCGAUUGGUACCAACGUUACUCUGCUCUCAGCCCCUUUGUUCGCAAUUCAAUCCCUCUUUCUUCCAGAGUCCUCAUGGUUGGUUGUGGCAAUGCUGUUAUGUCAGAGGACAUGGUGAAAGAUGGUUAUGAGGACAUCAUGAAUAUUGAUAUUUCAUCGGUUGCAAUUGACAUGAUGAGAAGAAAAUAUGAGUACAUCCCUCAGCUAAAAUACAUGCAGAUGGACGUCAGGGAUAUGAGCUUCUUUCCAGAUGAAUCUUUUGACGGUGUAAUUGAUAAAGGAACUCUUGAUUCGUUGAUGUGUGGUACUGAUACUCCAAUUAGUGCUGCUCAGAUGCUUGCAGAAGUCUGUAGACUUCUAAAACCUGGAGGGAGUUAUAUUUUGAUUACAUAUGGCGAUCCAACAGUAAGGAUGCCUCAUCUAAGCAGACCUGUGUUCAAUUGGAAAAUUACAUUGUAUAAUAUCCCAAGACCAGGGUUUCAGAAGCCUGAAAGUAGUACUUCACCGAGGAAAUCUUACAUGGAGCCUAUCCCUCUUACUGAAAAGGGCUUACUUCCCGCAGAUUUGGUCCUGGAAGAUCCAGAUUCUCACUAUAUAUAUGUUUGUAGAAAGAUAAAUGAAACAGAAAUAGACAAAAUAUCUACAUACCAAUUAACAGCUGAUGUUUUAUAGCAGUGACUUGCAUUGAAGCGCUGAUGAAGGUAUUAUUUAUCCUCUUCCCAAACUUUGAUGUGCAUCAUAGUCAGUUAAGUGGUUGCCAUUGUCAUCUGUACCCGUGGGACAAGUUACCACUAUCA